CAUCGGAUGAUGGUUGUUAGGCUGCUGUUAGGUGGUAAAGGGGGGGAGGAAAGGAAAGUGUGCUGGAUCGCUGGUGAACAAAACGGACGGUCGUGCAAGAUUCCCCAGAGUCCGGAGUAGUAGUAUCGCAGUAGUGUGUAGUUAAGGGGUUAAGGUUAAUUGUGAAACAGACAGAAGUGCCUCCUCGUCCUGUUCCAAGUGUGCCUUUUUGCCAGAGUGCCAGCUUAUCGUGUUACGCGUGUGUUGCCUAGCUAGAGCUUUUGCGAUUGGUUUUUGUCGUUUUUCGUUGGUCAAUGAACUCAGUAGCAGCAACAGCAGCAGCAGCAGUGGAAACUGCCGUGUCAGCAUCGCAGCGCCGCGAAAUGGCGAUAAUUCGGCACUCGAGCUGACUUUUUACCGUUAGUCAAUCCGAUACAGCCUAGCCGGAGAAUACACCCAGCACCCUUUUUCGAUCAGCAAUCUGCAUUUACUGUGUGGUCGAGAGAUAACGACUUCAUUGAGCAAGCGAGAAAGGGACAGAGGAGAAGAGAGAGAGAGAGAAACAGGGUGAUAGUGGUGAAGGAGUGUGUGUCACCUUUGUCGCUGUUCUUCGAUCUCUGCUGGGCGUGAGGUGGUCACUAUUUGCGUAAAGGCCAUUUUCAAGUGUUGGCUUUCGCUGCUGCUUCUGCCGCCCAUCACUAAUUACGCGGUCGCGCGGUCGCGGUCCUGCGGUUGCCACGAGUUGCUGCCAAGCCAGGAAAGAAAGCUGACCUGUAUUCGUUGACGCGUGCGUACGUGCGUCCGGGUGGGUGGGUGUGUGUGUGUCCACGCGCGUGUGUGUGUGUAUGGUUGCGCGCGAACGAAUUUGGUGCGCGCCUCCAGAGCAUCGAAGCAGCGUCAACGUUCGUCAUCUUCUUCGUCUACUGCAUCCUUCACCAACCUUCAGCUCACCAUCAGCUGUUCAUCUGGAAUUCGCUUCGGAACCAACCUGCGUGCAAAAUGUGGAGUCCAACGCAUAUCCAAGUGACAGUGCAACGUGCCCGUGGACUGCUCAUUAAGGGGAAGCAGGGCUCUAACAAUUGCUUCGUCAUAAUUGCCCUCGGAAAAGAGAAAUAUCAAACUUCGGUGCAGGAGAAGGCACCGGCUGAGGCGGUAAGCUGGAAUGAGGAAUGUGAGCUGCAAAUACCGUCGCAGGGCAAUCAGGCGCAGCUGGUGUUGACGGCCCUGCACCACAACAGCGUCGGUAUGGAUGAGUUUCUCGGGCGCGUCGUGCUGCCACUGAACGAAAUGGAGAUCUACGAGCGGCCCCGUUCGCGCUGGUACAAGCUGGAGAGCAAGGACAAGGACCGGGAGCGGAAGAAGGAGAAGGAUCGGGGCGAGCUGGAGGUGCGCAUCUCGUUCACCGUGAAGGCGGGCUCGCUGACGGAUCUCAGCAAGAAGACGGCCAGCAAAAGCUCCAUCAGCAACCUGGCGUCGAGCGUGGGCGGUUCGCUGCUGAGCAUCGGUGCGAUCGAGAAGCGCAAGGGACUGCGCAAGCUGGCCAAAUCGCUCGGCUCCAAGAUGCACAUCUCCGGGCUCGGGCGCAAGGGUGGCCACAAAGACCGAGACGAAACGCUGGACGAAGAGGUGGGUGGUGCUGUUGGAACUGGUGGCGGUGAGGGUGGUAGCCGCGGUGGUGGCGGCGGCGCUCGUACUGGCACUAGCAGUAGUACGAAGCAAACGUUCGGUGACGCCGAUCCGGGCGUGAUCAGCGAGGACGAGGAUGAGUUCGUGUUGGACAAUCUGUCGCACAAAAGCUCGACUGGUUCGGUCAGCCAAUGGUCACCGUCGGUGGCCAGCUCGGCCCACGGCUUCCAACGGCAUCCAGCAACGGAAUUAGCGUACACCUCUACGCCGGCGGGCGCACCUAGCGCCCCGUUUGGCAUUUCGAAGGCGAGCUCCUCGAAUUCGCUGGCCGGUGCUACCACCGGCGAGAUCAUCGAGCCGGAGGUUGGGAAGCAGCGGCAACAGGCGAAGGAGAAGAUGGACGAGUGGGAGCAGAAGCUGUACGGGAAGCACCUCGAGAUCGGUAGUACCGACUCGCUGAAGCGCCGAUCGUGGGAAAGCUCCCGUGUAAUGCAGUCAGCUGCUAGGCAGGAGGAACUACAGCAGCAGCAGCAGCAGCAACAGCAGGAAGCAGUCGGCGAGCCAGCCACGCUCGCUGCUCCAGAGCCGCAGGCCCGUUCGGUUCCGACCUCGCCAGAACUCGAUGGCAUGGCGAGCCGGGCCGCCCCGAAACCGGUGCCCCGAGCGGGAUCACGGCAGGACGUAUCGCGGCAUGGGGGCAUGGGGGCGGGCGAGCUGGUGCCCGAAACGAUCAAACCUGAGAAGGAGAGUUUUACAAAAAAAAUCAAGCACCUUAUCAAGGACCAUGGCCACCACCAUCAGCGUGCGGACUCGCUGGAGAAUCUGACGGCCGUCGUGAUCCCGCAGCGGAAGCUGAACGGUUCGAAGCAGGGCAGCCCGUUCGGGCACGAGCAGCGCAUCAUCAUCGGUGGUGAAACGGUCGGCACCGAACUGGGGCAGCGGGCUGCGGCUAAGGCGGCGGCAGCAGCAGCGGCCGCCUCGAUGCCCCUCGCACCCCAAACGCUCGCCAAGUACGAGGGUAAAUCGCACGAGGAUAUGGUACGGGUGGUGCAGGGCCUAGAGAAUGAGGUGUACUCACAAAAACAGAAGGUAAAGGAACUGGAGGACUACCUGGACAGCCUCCUGCUCAAAGUGAUGGAAUGUCACCCCAAAAUUUUACAAAACCCCUACCAGAAGGCGAACCCCACCAAAAGUGGAUGAUGCGGUGGAUUAUCGGGAGCCCUGGUUUUGCAAUCGGCAAUUAGAGAGUUAGUUUCAACGUUUUUGUUUUUCUAAAAAGAAAUCGAAUCCAGAUCAUUCCUCCAGCGAAUCCAGAAGGAAGUCCGCCAAAUGCAAAAUUCAUGAAACUUCAGCCGCUUUCACCGUUCAUCGAUCAUUCACACAGUUCACAAACACAUCCGAGCCAGCUGAAUGUGAAUUCCAAAGAAAUACAUUCCGAAUAACAACCAACAGUGGAAGGAUAAACAUAAAGUGUUCUUCCCGACCAGCGCUCUGCACCAGGACACACUUUUCGCUCGGCGAACAGCGUUCGGCAUGCUACGUUUAAAUAUCGGAAUGCUGAAACGAUGGUUGCAAAUGUACCUCCACUCGAUCAACAGACCAUCACCCACCUUGGCUAGAGCGCGCUUCUAAUAUUAUUGUUAUCAUUAUUAUUGUGUAAUUAAGAGAAAGUCUUUCGUCCAAGAAAGAAGGAUACGAGCAAAGCUAGGGCAUCGAAGUUGAUACAAUCGAGCAAUUAUACACCGGCAACUAUUGGAAGUGAUUUACAGUAUAUGUCCCUCCCCCCUCCCCCUCCUCCCUUUCUGCUUCUCUUUUCUAUACAAAAGAGAGCAAACCAUGGAAGGGCGAGGGCGAGAACUAGGAUAUGAUGGGUGUAAUUUUGAAUUUUGCAAAAAUCUGCCAUUUUUUGGUUGUUGUGAAAACUUGCAAACGAUUUCUGCAAAAUUCAAAAUUCUACCUUCAGCGUUUUAUUGUAAUAAUGAUUAAAUUAUAUAAUAUUGAAUAAAAAAAAGAUUGUUAUACAAAU